AUGUACCUGAAUAAGUGCGAGGGGGACCUGGGUGAGCUGCGGAAGCCAGGGGACGGCAAGGGCACCCUGCCAGCCACUGCCGAGGAGGAGCAGCCCAAGAAGAAGCACCGGAGGAACCGCACUACCUUCACCACCUACCAGCUGCAUGAGCUGGAGCGCGCCUUUGAGAAGUCCCACUACCCUGACGUCUACAGCCGCGAGGAGCUGGCCAUGAAGGUCAACCUGCCAGAAGUCCGCGUGCAGGUCUGGUUCCAGAACCGACGAGCCAAGUGGAGGCGGCAGGAGAAGAUGGAGGCCAGCUCCAUGAAGCUCCAUGACACCCCCAUGCUCUCCUUCAACCGGCCCCCCAUGAUGCCCAACGUGGGGCCCAUGAGCAACUCCCUCCCACUCGACCCAUGGCUGACAUCUCCUAUCUCCAGCGCCACCACUGUCCACAGCAUCCCCGGAUUCAUGGGAGCCCCCCAGGCCCUGCAUCCCCCCUACGGCGGGCACUCCUUCCUCAACACCCCCCCGCCAAUGGUACAGGGCAUGCAGCCCAUGGCCCCCACGCCCUACCAGUGCGGCACCACCUUUGUGGACAAGUACCCGCUGGAGGAGGUAGACCAGAGAAGCUCCAGCAUCGCCUCGCUCCGCAUGAAAGCCAAGGAGCACAUUCAGACCAUUGACAAGACCUGGCAGCCCAUUUGA